AUGGCAAAACGACAAGCCCAUCAUGUACAGCCUGCUGAAAAAGGAAAGUCUAAGCAAGAGGCAUCGAUUCUCGAAGAUGAGGAAGCACUACAUGAAGGUGAAGACGAGGCUGGGAUCUCGCAGCAAGGACUGGAUAGAUUAAUGCGCGCGCUAGGUCCAGAUGAUUUGUCCGAGAUGGACAGGGCCAUGUUGAGACAGAUGUCUUUGCAGGGUAACGAUGAGGAGAGCGAUGAGGGCAACGAGGAUGACGAAGACCUGAUCGACGACGAAGCAGAGGAAGUCGAUGGCGAGGAUGACGAUGAUGAGGACGACGAGGAUGGCAAAGACCUGAUCGACGACGAAGCAGAGGAAGUCGAUGGCGAGAAUGACGAUGAAGAGGACAACGAGGAUGACGAUGAUCUGAUCGACGACGAAGCAGAGGAAGUCGAUGGCGAGAAUGACGAUGAAGAGGACAACGAGGAUGACGAUGAUCUGAUCGACGACGAAGCAGAGGAAGUCGAUGGCGAGGAUGACGAUGAUGAGGACGACGAGGAUGACAAAGACCUGAUCGACAACGAAGCAGAGGAAGUCGAUGGCGAGAAUGACGAUGAAGAGGACAACGAGGAUGACGAUGAUCUGAUCGACGACGAAGCAGAGGAAGUCGAUGGCGAGGACGACAAUGAUGAUGAGGACGACGAUGACGAGGAAGAUAACGCAGACGAACAGGAUGAGAGAGAAGAUAUGACAAGCACUCGUGCAUCAGCACCGAAGGAUUCUCUUGCAGCUAGUAUCCUGCGAAGUGGCCUUGUGCCUCAGGAAGAAGACGACGAAGAAGAAGAGGAAGAAGACGAAGAGGAAGAAGACGAGAAUGGCGAUACGUCAAUCCCACUCGAUGCCGUUCCCACCACUGCGACGCUCUCAGAAGAAGCGCUCGCCUCGCGAUACCAUCGCAUUCGCAUUAACAACACUGAUGCACUUCGACGGAUUUACGAAGACAUCCGUCUUGGCGGUGGACCAGGCUCCUCCAGCAAGAUGCCGUGGAUCGAGACUAUGGUCGUUGUGCAUGACAAGGCAAUCAAAGACGAGGUGCCGGAUGCACAGAAUGAUCUUGAUCGUGAGUUGGCGUUCUACCGACAAUCACUCGCUGCUGCUACGCGGGGACGCACGCUUGUUCUUGAGGCCAAUGUGCCAUUCACACGCCCUAGCGAUUACUUUGCCGAAAUGGUCAAGACGGACGAACACAUGGAACGCGUGCGACAGCGCCUGCUUGAUGAGUCGGCGGGCAUCAAAGCGUCUGAAAAUGCCAAGCGCCAGCGAGAACUCAAAAAGUACGGCAAAAAGAUCCAGACAGAGAAGCUGCUGGAGCGCCAGCGGAACAAGCGCGAAAUUGAAGACAAGGUCAAUUCGCUCAAGCGCAAGCGUCAGUCUGGCAUGGGUCUCGAUGACGAUGAGUUUGAUGUGCAACUUGAAGAGGCACUCGGUGAGCGCAAAGCUGCUCGGCACACGUCGGCGCCAAAGAUGAGCCGGCAACGGCGGAACGAAAAGUUCGGCUUCGGCGGAAAGAAGCGGCACAACAAGUCGAACACAGCAGACAGUACCGACCAAUUUGGCAAAGCCGCGCGCCGAAAGCCAGGAGGGGGGCCAAGGCCCAAGUCGAAGAAGCCCCAGCGGCCUGGCAAGUCGAGACGCGCCGCCCGUCGCUAA